AUGCCGAAUAACACCUCCUCCCCAGUCAAGCGCCCCGGUCUCGGCCGUCGCGCUGUCUCCUCGCAUGCGGUCGUCACGCAGGCGAACUCCAACCUUGACCUGUCAGAGUCUCACAACUCCAAAGCCCCCGUCCAAAAAGCCCACCGCGCCCAUGUCGUCGGUGGUGGCCGCAAUCAUCACCGGAACCCCUCGACCGGUAAGAAUUUCAAUAAAUUGCAGCGCUUCCAGCUAGGACCCGAGCCCACCGGCCGCCACCACCAGCGCAAGAAGUCUGCACCGGCUACACCGGUCGCCAGUCCCAAAGGUACCGCACACGUGCGAUGGGAGACUGGAACCGUUGAUGACCAUCCGAAGAACGAUUCUAUGAAGAGGAACAACUCUACACCCAUUUUGCGACGCAAUAGUUCCGCGGUUGGGAAGAAGGCCUUGGUCACCGAUCGUCCGGUCUUGAGCGCCGGCAAGAAGAAGUCCGUCGGCUUUGAGCUGGGUGAUGAUGAGACCGAUGAAGCUGAGUGGGAAGAUACCACACAGUCGCCUGAGAGCACAAGACGCAACUCGGUCGUGCCAUCCAACCACAGCGCGGAGAAUCCUGCAGUCCUCGUCGAUCCGCUCACCUUCGUGAAGCGUCCGUACCCACAAGUGCCUCGAGCUACGAGUCUUCCUGAUUCGGUGAUCAAUAAGUUUGUACGCAGAGACCUCGAAGAGGAGGGAGACGAAGAGGACGACUCAGACGUGACGCCCGGGCCAGAACAGCCCGGUGAGCAGGGCGACAUUGCCAGCCGCCUCCUCAGCCCCUCACACUCCGCCAAAGCGCCCCCUGCAAUGUCUUCCAUAUCCGCCAUGGGCGAGCAUAAGCCGGCCAUUCCAGACUCUGCAACGCUUAGUGCCUCUUUUAAGCUGGCCGCCGUCCCGGAUGCGGCUCGGCGUACCUUUUCUACCUCAAACCUUGGGCUCGCCAGCAUGCCUGGUAGCCACACCCACGCCACUUCCUCGUCCAUGGAAGGGGGUGUCUCGCGGUUCAUAGUAAACAACAAGGCCGGCCAGGCCUCUUCAAGAACCGAUUCGGACCCGAACACACCCUCCUCCUUCCUACCUCAUUAUCACCCACAAACUCCUCCCUCUCCCGGUCGCGUUGCUGGCAAGUCUACAGCCUCCCCGGCACGUCCUCGCGGCGGCGCUGAUCUGCCAUCACGAACCCAGCAGAAGUUGUGGCUUCAACGCACGGCUACCCUCAAUAACUCCCCUCCCGAUAGCCAUGGACCCUCGGCUACCGCGUCGCCAUCUGCCAUGGAUUCAGGCUACAUGCCUACUGGACAUAAGCGCUCAGCCUCUGGGGUAUUCGAUGCCAAUCGAGGCAUGAAUGGCGCCAGUCGUGCAAGCGGGUCAGGGUUCGACAGCGAGACACGACACAUUCGCAAGGCAUACGAGAAGAUGUCACUCGAAUUGAUGGUCGUGCGGCGUUUUCAGUCCCCGACGGGCGACAGCUUCACCCGGCUUCGCUCUAUAGCUCGAGCAUCCAAGUCCCUCGCAGCCCGGGCGGAACAAAGUGCCUUGGGCAAGCCUGUCAAGUCAGCCCCCUCCUUGACCCUGCUGCAGCACGGAAGGCGCCCAAGCCGAUUGGGCUCAAGCUCCGAGUUGCCUGAUCCUCAUUCCUCGACUUCGGAGGAUCCAGGGACCCAGAGCGAAUCCACCGACACCCACGCAGUCAAGUCGGCCCACCCCUCCGCCCGCAUCCUUUCUACCUCUGACGAAGCUGCGCAUAAUCUCCAAGGCGACAAUGACCCUGAAGAAUACCCGGCUGUGAACGGCAUUGACAUGAUGAUCCGUCGCAUGUGGGAGAGUCGCGAGGUUGCGUCUUCGGGCUGA